GAUGGCAUCUAAAACUGUUCAGCUCAGCCAAUAUCGCGAUGGCAAGAACCAUGCUAAGUACACAAUAAGAUAAUUAACUGUCGCUCAGUGCCAGAAUUUUUGAAUGAAGAGAGAAUAAUUAAUGUAUUUGAAACGAAUUAAAAGUUCAAAAUUUUUGUACUCUGAUUGCAUAUUCAAGAAGGCGAUAAUGGUUUGAACGAAUGGACUGUGGUUUAAACGGUUCUAGAUGAUUUGUUGGUUUAUGUCGCUCUGAGAGUUUUCGACUGGCAUACUUUGGUUACCAUGCAUUGCUGAUUAUCCUGGUAAACCAUGAUGACCUGUUCUGGUUAUUUUCAAGUUGUUUUGACAACGAAUAUUUCCAUUUUAAAGAUGUAUUCGCAGUGAUUGAUCUUUCUACCUAUAUAGUGGUAUAAUCUAUAGCGUGCAAACCAGAGCCGGUAACAUGUUUGGAAAUAGCGAGAAAGACGACAAACUUCUUAAUGAAAAUUACAAUGAAAUCAUUGAGUUUCUUGAUGAAUAUUACGGGAAGCCACAAUCUACACCAAAGCCAGUUUCCCGUUACAGAGCUGGGGAACUGUCAGAUGAUUCCCAAAUCUACGUCAAGGCAAACAAAGCACAGCCUGUGGGAACUGGGCACAAGAAGCUUAUCGAACUUGUAAAGUCGGUACCUGAAGCAAAUUAUGGCUUCAAUCUCAAGGGUGGGUUGGAUCGACCUGUCAUCAGAGAGGAUACUGGGAUAUUCGUCACAAAGAUUCGUCCAAAAGGAGUGGCUGCAAAGCAUGGUGGACUAGCCCCUGGAGACAGAAUCCUUGAGAUAAAUGACAGAGAUUGUAGAUUUGUAAAACGUCAGGCGGCUUUGGAUCUGAUACAAAACUCAAAUGAAAAACUAAAAUUACUGGUAGAGAAGAAUGCAAUCCAGAUUCGUAUGAGGCCCAAGGACCUAAGUGGUAAUAUUAUCGAAGUCUCGUUGUCCAAGAGUUCUUCAGAUUCUGGUCUUGGUUUCAACGUCCGCGGUGGUGUGGAUCACCCUCAUCUUAGUUACGAUCCUGGGAUAUUUAUAACGACAGUAAAAGAAAAUAGCAUCGCUUCAAAAGAUGGUCGACUUCAGCCUGGCGAUAAAAUACUUGAAAUAAACGGAAUUGAUGUGAGAAGAGUUCCUCGUGAAUCUGUCAUUGAUUUAAUAAAUGAUUCGAAAAAGAUUGUUCAUCUAAAAUUACUGAAAGAUGCCCUAAAGAAUCUUAUCAAAGAGAACGAGGAGGGGAGUGUUGAUGUCCGACGUGGUCCUGUUGUUGUCAUUGAGUUGAAUAAAGGAACUGAAGGUCUUGGUUUUAACAUCCGUGGCGGCUCUGACGCACCAUUUCUUCCUGGUAAUCCUGGUAUCUUUGUUACCAAUAUUCGUCCAGGAGGGGUUGCUGACCGUGAUAGAAGGUUGAAAAGAGGGGACAGGAUCUUAGAGAUCAACGGGGUUGAUGUGAGGGAUGUUUCCCAGGAAACAGCUGGUCUGUUAGUCCAAAGAAAUUCAGGAAAAAUCUCGUUACUCGUUGAAAAAGAAGCGGAAAAAUACUACAAGUUAUCAAACCAAUUCAAAAACAAUGUUGACGAAGAUGAUCUUAGUGGUGAAAGAGGUUGCUUUUUCAAAGAUGGCAAAAGAAGAACAGACUUCGUGUUGGUCUACCUCGAAGGUGAUAAACCUCCACCGCCAAGACAUGCUGAGUUCAGACAAACGUUCUUAGAAAAUCUCGCGAAAUCUCAAAUAGAAUUUGAAGAGGAUGUCACCCAAGACAGAAAAACGAAAGUUCAUUUCAUCAAACUUCACGUACCAUGGGAAGUCUUGCUGUUUUACGCCGAAGAAUUGAGUUUUCGUGCUCCUCUAGAGGUGCGAGAUUCGAAGAAGAUUAACUGGAGUGACAGAAUGAUGCAAAAAUUUCACCUUCCAAACAUAUUUAAAGAUGAAGUACCCAAUCAACCUGAUGAUUAUUUCACAUGUGAAUUUCAAGCAGCUAAACUGGACAAAUUUAUUGGUAGUGAAAAUCCUGAUACGUACUUCAAGGAUACAGAACGCAGUCGUAUUGUGUAUGAGAUUCUGGAAACUGCUCCUUAUGGAAAGAAACAGAGGGGUGAAAUAGGCGUUGAAAGAUUGGUCGAGGAAGAAGUGUUUGUUGCGGCGUAUCCUCUUCAUGUGGGACCUUAUGAGCUACCACGAGAAUUUAAAGAUGGACCAGAUAGCCCCGAGGAGAUUAAACUCAACCAAAGACAGGUUUUGAAAGAAUACUGGGCGAGAUGGGGAAAAUGGCUGAAAUAUCAACCAUUGGAUCACAUAAGAGAAUAUUUUGGUGAAAAGAUAGGAAUAUAUUUUGCCUGGCUUGGCCAAUACACGGCUUGGUUGCUUGCUCCAUCAUUUCUUGGAAUGCUUGUGUUUCUCUAUGGUGUUGUUACAAUGCAUGGUCCCGACAACAGACCAGCUUUGGAAGUAUGUGAAUACCCCGAGUGGACGUUCAAAAUGUGUCCGUUGUGUGAUGAGGAUUUGGGAUGUAAAUAUUGGGAUUUGAAGAUGAGUUGUGGCACUGGAAGGAUUGCUUAUCUUUUUGAUAAUGCAUCUACGGUUUUUUAUGCAGUAUUUGUGUCAUUUUGGGCUGUUUUUUUCCUUGAAUUCUGGAAGAGGAAGGAAAUCACACUGGCCUAUCAUUGGGACGUACUGGAAUAUGAAGAAGCUGCGGAGAGACCUCGACCAACUUUCGCUGCUUUAGCCCCAACUGUUGCUCGGAAUCCUGUGACUGGAAUCAUGGAACCUCAUUUCCCAGAGGAAAGACGAACACAUCGCGUAUUUUCAGGAAUCGCUGUUGUGCUUACAAUGGUAUCGCUUGUAUUGGUCUUCAUGCUGGGGGUGAUUGUGUAUAAAUUAUUAGUGUACAGACCGCUUGCAAAGAAUCCCUCAACGAAAGCCAAGGCUCAGCAGAUAGCAAAUAUGACUGGAGCGAUGGUUAAUUUAAUGACAAUUAUGAUUCUGAGCAGGGUGUACGAAAAGGUUGCGCUUGCUCUCAACCACUGGGAAAUGCAUCGAACGCAAACAGAAUAUGAGGACAGUUUGACGUUCAAAGUUUUCUGUUUCCAAUUUGUGAAUUUCUAUUCCUCCAUCUUUUAUAUCGCCUUCUUCAAAGGAAAAAUGAUCGGAUACCCAGGAAACUACAACAGACUAAUGGGUUUGAGACAGGAAGAGUGCGCCCCAGGAGGAUGUCUUAUGGAACUUGCUCAACAGUUGGUGAUCAUUAUGAUUGGUAAACAGUUGAUUAACAACGUUCAAGAAGUCAUGAUUCCUGUGGUGAAACAGUGGAUUGCAAGGAAGAAACGAGGUAAAAGUGGGGAUGAGAUCAAGCCACGUUGGGAACAAGAUUAUGAACUCAUACCAAAUGAAGGACUCUUUGGCGAAUAUCUCGAAAUGGUUCUUCAGUUUGGAUUCAUCACCAUUUUUGUCGCCGCCUUUCCGUUAGCGCCGUUUUUCGCUCUCGCAAAUAACGUUUUUGAAAUCAGGAUCGACUCUGAUAAAUUUGUAUGCGAAGUUCGUCGGCCAAUUGCCGACCGUGCUCAAGACAUUGGAAUUUGGUUCAAUAUUCUUGAUACGGUCGCUAAGAUAGCGGUCAUAAGCAAUGCUUUUCUCAUCGCUUUUACGUCAUCAUUCCUGCCCAAGCUUCUGUACAGAUACUCGGUUUCACCGACUGGUUCUCUUGAUGGUUAUACAAAUUAUUCACUAGCUUGGGCGCCUGCCAAUACUACUAAGGAACCUUGUAGGUAUUUGCAAUUCAGAGACAAUAGAGGUUCGCACACAGCAUUUUAUUGGCACUUACUGGCAUUAAAAUUAGGAUUCGUCAUUAUGUUUGAGCAUUUCGUUUUCUUUGUGUCCGCAAUGAUCGAUCUAAUGGUUCCUGACAUUCCAAAGGAUCUCGACAUCGUGAUAAAACGUGAGGCAUACCUUGCCAAGCAAGCUUUGGCUGAACAUCAAGGAGGAGGUAUCACAAAGAGUGAUGAGAGCCCGGAUGAACUUGAUGACGAUGGUGUCUAAAAAACCAUCGACAUUUCUAAGUAAUGAAAGGAACUCUCACCGCCCAACGAAAUUUUCAAAUUUGGAAUUCUGUGUCGAGCAGGCACUUAAAAUAACUACGCGCUGAAUGAAUUGAAGCUCUAGAGCUUUCUACGUAAAUAUGAAAUUAUUUAAACCAAAACUUUUUAGGUGUUUAAAUUCUAUAUAUAGCAACAAGCUGUUCAUAUAUUUAGCUAUAAAUGUGCCGUAUUUUACCAGCUCGUAUGCGGUAUAGUUGUGCUUGAGAUGCAAGGAUUUCGACAUUCAGUAAGUAUAUCCAUAUUCCACGAUGGCAAGAUAUUUACAAAAAAUAUAUAUUUAUGACUUCGCUGAUUUAUUUUGCUAAAAAUAAUAGUAAUAUUGUGCUACAAAUACAACAGAGCUUGCAUGC